AUGUCCUCAGAUCCUGAUCAAAAUGAGGAAGUCCCACAGCAACCAGUAGAGACUCCUGAAGAAACAACGCAGGAACCACAAGAACUCCAAGAUGAACAAGAAGAACCGCAAGAAGAACCACAAGAAGAUGAACCACAAGAAGAACCUCAAGAACUGCUAGAGGAACCUCAAGAAGAACCGCAGGAAUUGGAAAAUGAACAAGAGGAACCGCAGGAAUUGGAAAAUGAACAAGAAGAACCGCGGGAAUUGGAAAAUGAACAAGAGGAACCACAUCCUUUGGAUCCUCAGGAGGAUGUAAAAAAUGAAGAAACAGCAACGCAGGAAACCGAUAUAGUCUCAGAGAAACAACAUCUGCAAUCCACCGAACGAGAUGUUUCUCACGGUGGACACACAGAUGAAGCCACAGAGGCAUAUUAUGAAGGUGUAGUUUUACAGCCUUCUAUUGGUAGACGUGCUGUUCUGCGUAGUUCUGGUUACAUCUCCAACACCCCAGAGGAUCGUAGUACUGUCACGAAAGAAGGAGGACAGGGAAGUGUGGCGGAUUAUAAAUCUCAAAUGUCAGAAACCCUUCCACCAUCCACAAGUCGAACAACGCCUGGGCCAGCAAAUACAGUAGAUGUGGAAGGUGUUUCUAAAGUAGCUGAUGAAACGAUUGUACCUGAGCGGAAAACACCUUCUCCACUACGUUCAUCAUCCUUACGUCAUGCAAGUUCUACUUCUAUGAAACGUCGAAUUAUUCCUAGUGGGACUCUCACACCUUUAUAUACCGCUAAUUACAUGACGACACGAGAAGAGUAUAUGGCAUUUCGAACACGCAAUGGUGUUUCCCCUAAUUAUACAGGACCUGUACAUGUUGUAGAGAAUGUAUAUGUGGCAUGUGCAGCCUGUAGUGCUCCUGUAGAUCCCGUUACUCGUGUUCCUGCGGGUAGACUCUUCUUUCAUCCUCAAUGUAUUCGCUGUAAACUCUGUGGUAAGUCUAGUCUCACAGAGGCCUACUUUCCAGCGAUGUAUAAUGCUGCCAUCUGCUCAGAGUGUGCGGUACGUGGACUUGGACCGUGUGUGUCCCGUGAGGCUGCAGUCGCUCGUGGAAUUAUUCCCGGCGCCGUGUGUGGAAAUCUCGCCACUGCCAUUCGUCGACAUGAUCGUCAACGUUCUGUGCAGCCGAUUAAUCAAUCCACACUAGAAGGCGUCGUGCCACCCACACUUAGUAUCCCGCCACUGCACAACAGGCGGAAUAGCACUCACGGUACGAUGGCACUUAUUCGCCGUCAGCAGUAUUAUACACAGAAUGAUAAUAAUAUUCUUUGUUUGCCGCCGGCUGCGUCCACAAGUGACUCGGUAGAACGUUCACGAUCAUCUUCCACCUCGCAGAAGAGAAGAAGUCGGAAAAGCAUUCCAAAGUUGAUGUAA